CGGGCACUGACCCGCGGAGCGAAGGACUUAACUCCACUUCAGAGUGGACAGAACAGGACUAGACCUCGAGACCAGACCGCUGAACCCCCAGAGUCCUCCAGAGACACCAGGGACCCAGAGACACCAGGACCAGGACCAGGACAUGGCCCAGAGACCAGCCGCGGUCUCCUCGUCCGCCGCCCGGCAGCCAGACUUCAUCCACCUGAACGACCUGGCCAGUGACACGGCCGGGGGGAAGGUCGUCUUUGCCACUGAUGAGUGGUUCGCUCCCGCGGCCAAUCUACUGAAGCGGGACCCCCCCAGGUUCGAGGCGUCGGCCUUCACAGAGUUCGGGAAGUGGAUGGACGGCUGGGAGACCCGGCGCAAGAGAACCCCCGGUCAUGACUGGUGUGUGGUGCACCUGGGCGUUGUGGGCGUGGUCCACGGCGUCGACGUCAACACCUCCUUCUUUACAGGAAACCACGCCCCCUACAUGUCUGUCCAGGGAGCCUGUCUGGAUGCCCCCCCCAGCCUGGUCCUGGAGGGGGACCGGACCGGCACUGCGGCCAGCGACGGCCAGCUGGAGGCGGUCUCCAAGCUGCGCUCUGAGACCUGGAGGGUCCUGGUCCCGGAGUCCGGGCUAAACCCGGGCUACGCAGACUCCUGCCACAACUACUUCAGGGUCACCUGUCCGGACAGGAUCACACACCUGCGCCUCAACAUGUACCCAGACGGGGGCGUGGCCCGGUUCAGGGUCUACGGCGUGGGACAGAGGGACUGGUCUUCAGUCCCCGCCCACCAGGAGGUGGACCUGGUGGCCAUGACCAAUGGAGGGGUCUGCCUGGGCUACAGCGACGCCCACUUCGGACAUCCCCGCAACAUGAUUGGGCUGGGGCGGGCCGCCAACAUGGGGGACGGAUGGGAGACGGCACGCAGACUGGACCGCCCCAAAGAACUGAAGGUGGAUGGGCGGGGCAUCCUGCAGGUUCCAGGAAGUGAGUGGGCGGUGCUCCGGCUGGGUCACGCCGGGGUCAUCUCCCACGUGGAGGUCGACACCAAUCACUUCAAAGGGAACUCUCCGGACUGGUGCCGCCUGGAGGCGUGCUCUCUGACCGCCGGCCAGGAGAGCGCCGCCGCCGCCGCCGCCUGGAACUCUGGGAGCUGGAAGGUUCUGCUGCCCGCCCAGAAGCUCCGCCCCCACCACCGGCAUCACUACUUGGAGGCGGAGCUAGCGCUGAAGGAGGCGGUCACUCACGUGCGAUUGGUCAUCGCUCCGGACGGAGGGGUCAGUCGCCUGAGGCUGUGGGGGCGGGCGACGCCCAUCUCGUCUGCCCUGACUCCGCCCACCGCUGUGGCUCCGCCCACCGCUGUGGCUCCGCCCUCCAAACUGUGACCUGAGAACAGGUUUUUAUACUCGCCUAGACAAAUAUAUUGAAUAUAUCAAACCCAGAAACAUAUGUAGACGUUAUUGCUGUGUAUUUUAGGCUGUGUGUGCAAUAGCUUAAAGUGUUUAAUGAAGAGCUCCACCUGACAGCUACUCUUCCUCAUCACCACCCUUCGUCUUCCUCGGAUGAGGAAGGAGCCGGAAUGGAAACCGACGACCUCAGGGGACGGACUCUCUCAUGCAUCACGCAGAACGUGUUGGACCAAGAUACCGCGACACGUUAUUCGUUGUGUAUAACCUCAAACCGUAUGUUUCUGUACCGUCGCUGUGAGCUGGUUCUCGUGUGAUUGAAUAUUGCAUUUUGUAAUUUUCCAUAACUGUGGAAAAUUGUUCGGUGAAUAAAUACACACUUUAAUACUAA